UUAUCGAACUGGAAAUCGCUUAAAUCGUUAGACCGACGGGCUACUGUACAUAGACGUGUAGAGAGAGAGGCGGGGCUGCGUUCAUUCCUGUGACACUCCUAUGAAGCCCGAAAUGGAGCGACUGUAGAGUCAGGAAGUACCCGAAAAUCGGCUUCAUAGGCCGGCUCAUUUCCUGGAGAUUGGAGGCUACUUUACCGCAAGCUAAUUGGUUUGUGGAUAGAAGGGACGCUUUAUUUAGAUUAAGGAUUUCACCCUGCUAACAACUCAGUCUCUUCUAUACUGGUAUAUACUGUAUAUCAUGAAGCAGCGAUGAUCUGAGUGAGAGAGCUAAACAUUUAGAGCAGGUGAUGCAUUCACUGUCUCAGGAGAUCGAGGGAUUCUCCCAAAACCGUCUGAAGAAACAGUGCACGAGGGUAACCACUGUGACAGGCAGGAGGCUGUUGGAGAGGAGGGGGGAGGAUGGGGGAGGAGAGGAGGAGGUGGAGGAGCUGCAGGAGGAAGGAGCUGGGUUUGGGUUUGUAGAAGAUACAAGUCUGGACCUGCAGGUCGGCGUCGUGAGACCCUUCCUACUGCUGGCGUCUCAGGAUGCAGCGCACGACCUGGAGACCCUGCACCGGUGGGAGGUGACUCACAUCCUGAACGUGGCGUACGGCGUCUCGAACCUGCUCCCGGAUCAGCUGGAGUAUAAAACGCUGCAGAUCCUCGACCUGCCCGACACCGACAUCACGUCACACCUGGAGGAGUGCAGCGCCUUCAUAGACCGCGCUCGACAACAGGACGGCGUGGCGCUGGUCCACUGUAACGCCGGCGUGUCCCGCUCCUCCUCCAUCGUGAUUGGGUACCUGAUGUUGAGGGAGGGGCUUACGUUUGACGACGCCUACAGCCAGGUGAAGCUGGCCAGACCCUCGACUCGCCCCAACCCCGGCUUCUACCAGCAACUACUGACCUUCAAGCCAUAGACAUGUUCGUCCACUAGGGGCAGCAGAGACAAGCUGUAACACACAGGACUUCCUUUGUUUACUUCUAGUGACAUCACUACGGAACACUCGCUCCUAUUGGCUAGCAUUAUAGGCGAAUGGGCGGGACAUCUCUCAGCAGUUGAACCACAUGCAAGAUCUUUAUUUCUUCUCCUUUUAGCUCUGGUUUGGUCUCCAAGAACUACAAAUAUACGGCUAAAUGUGCUGCUCAAUGCUCCGCUCUGUGCACCAGCUUCCAACGUCUUGUUACGUCUGUUUUUGAGGCUUUUUGUUUCAACAGCUGUCUGUAUGGUGACCCAAAACAGUGAGCUGAAAGACACUAAAAGGGAAAACUGCAAAUCUGGUGAUAAGUCUCUGUUUGUUUGUCAGUUGAUCACUUUUUAACCUUAAGAUCUUCAUUAGUUUCUAUGAAUCUUGAGAGGAAGUCAUCAAAAACCACCUACAGGAUGUAUUUAUGUGCCUAAGCUGUACGGCGUUAAGUUUGCUUUGUUUUCUUUCCAUUUUAUCCUGAAAAUGAUCCGACUGGGUGCUUUUUUUGUGAGGAUUGAAUGCUUAUCAUAAAAUAUAAUCAAAUGUCAAUGUAGGAUUUUAUCAAAUGCAACAGGAAGAUUUCCACAUUUUUUGAACGUCUUCUUAAGCUGUGUUUGUGCAGAAAUACAACACAGAGUUAAUGUGUAAUUGUUGGAAUUUGCUUUAAUAAAUCAGCACACAUUCAAA